AGCGCGCGGUGAUCACGUGGUUAAUUUGAUGCACUGACUGCACGAGGUGAUGCUGCGAGUGUUGUUUGCUGAUUUCAGUGGAGAGCAAUAAAGGCGUUUCUGUGCACGAGCUCAGCGAGCAUCGGUGCAGUAGCUGCUGUUGGAGCAGGUCUGUUAUGUAACAGUGUGAGCAGUCUGUAGCCUCUAGUUACUGUCAGACCCACAACACCAUCCCACAUCAGUGCUCUUUUCAGUAUUCUGCGUGACUACAGCAACAUGACUAUGAACAACACAAACGAUACUGAAUGGGAUCUCUACAAAUACCAGUGGACCGUUCAGUUUCUAUUUUACAAAGUGUACAUCUGGGUGCUGGUAGGUGUGGGUGUGCCUGGCAAUGUCGCCUGCAUCUUAGUAGCCACAUCCAUGACCCUCACUACAGCCACCUUAUAUAUGUCCUUGCUGGCCGUAGCUGACCUGCUGGCUCUGGUACUGAGGCUUAUAUCUCACCAGAUAUACCUUUACAAGGUGACAUUAAAUACCUUUGUUUGUAAAGUGGAUGUGUUUGUAGAUUUAGUCAGCAGCUACGCCAACUGGACUCUGGUGCUGGUGUGUUUGGAACGGUUUUUAUCCAUUCGCUUUCCUCUCAAGAAGAAAAUCUACUUCACCAAGCACAGAGCUAUUCUCAUCGCCGUGUUACUGGGGAUGAUACUGUGUUUGUGUCAUCUUUAUGAGUUCAUUCAAAUAGACCACAUACAGGAGAGAUCCUGUUAUUAUCCGGAGUCUUCUCUUGACUUCGUCACAAACUACUGGCACUGGAUUAAAGCCUGUAUCUACUAUUUUCUUCCCUUCAUCCUCCUCCUCAUCUUUCCUUGCCUCAUCAUCGUCAGUCUCAGGCGACAACGAAAGGCACGCGAAGCCAUGGUAAGGACAACCCCGGUUACGUCAAGGGAGACAACGCAGACUAGAGUUGAGGUCACCCUCUCUGUUAUGGUGGUGUGGGAUGCAAUCGUCGUCAUUGUCACCUUCGCUCCGAUGUGCUUGUAUUACCUUUUGGUACCAUUCAACGUAGUGAAUGAAUGGUUUACGUCUACAAUGUUAACGCAUACAGCAGUAGCUUUAUCAGAAGCGAACUACGCUGUAGACUUUGUGAUAUACUUUGCUGCCUCCAAGAAGUUCCGUUCUCGUUUUAAAAAGCUGAUCGGAAAAUGUUUGACCUGCAGACGUAGAAGAGAUAAAGAGUAGCUAUGUAGAUGUACAUCAUUUUGACAUUCUAGGUAUCCUUUGUAUUUGAGGGAAACUGUUUCUAUCAGAUUUAUAAAAUGUGCAUUAUUGUCAUGUAAAUAUAUUAUUUCUUAGUUAAAAGCUUCGUGGCAUAUUCCUCUUCAGACAUCCAUUUAGUCGUUUGUUUGUUUUUUUUGUCUGAAUCAUUAGAAAAAUGGUUGAUUAAAUUCUCGAUUUCUUCAAUUUUCCUUUGUAAAGUACUUGAGAAACGUUACCGUCCUGAAACAUGCGUGAUUAUGUCAGAACUCUUAGUCCUGUGUAGUGGUGACAGUCGCUUUACAGUGAUAGCUGUGGACAGCUGUGUAUAGAAACCUCAUAGGUAUGAACAGCAGAUCCCUAUUUUCUUUCCGACCUCCUCCCUCUAUUAUUGCAACGACUUUGUGUGUGUGAAGACGUGUGCUAGUCACUGUGAUAUGACAUGACAUCAUGGUCAUUGUGAUAGCGUGUCAGUGUGUGUGUUAAGGACAGAAAGAAUUACACAUUCGCCUACUUGUACAUCAGGUGACCGCGCAGGUAGAGAGUAAGGUAAUAUACACAUUCUAUAUACAUUCACACGGGGACAUACAGCAGCUUUUUCUAGAUGUGUUCUCUCAAUCUAACAUAAGUUUCGUUAACUUAUAGUUAUUAAUAUUUAGAUAAGUAAUGAUCUUUGUGUAAGCCUGAUUAAAAGUUGUUAGUUUCGUAAACACACUAUAGAAAACGCAGUCUACUAUACGUGACCCGAUGAAUGAGGUUGGCUAUAAGAACCAUGU